CCUCAAUCAACUUUUAUAAUAGCGUCCAAAUUUCCAACUAUUCUCCCCCGCUAACAUUAUCUAUUCGUACUCUUUGAGAGAACUCAACUCGAAACAACCACGAACUGCGACACGAAGAACCCAAUAACGAAGAGGUUUCAUCUUAAAUGCCUUCUGACCGCGAUCAACUCCCUCGACACAAGCCUCACCCGUCAAAAAUCGAGUCAGUGGCUGAAGAGGCUCGCCUGGAUGCGCUUCUUCCAUCCCGACCAGCUAGAGGUAAACUUCCCUCAAGACUAGAUCAGCCACAAAGAAUAGGUUCUUCGUCUAACACAAGUGGAAAACGCCUUCCCUUCAAACUAACCCACUCAAACAGAGACCAGCUUCCAUCCAGACUAGACAAAUCGCGUCGAGACCAACGGCCUUCUAGUCUGAAUCCCUCUCGUCAAGACAGACCCUCAAAGCAAUACUUCCGUUCCACGAAAAAGAAUCCCUUGAUAUCACGCUUAGACCAUUCACAGCCUCAACAAACUGAGCAUAUUUCAAUCAACCCUGCUUUCGCAAGCGCGCAUGAUAUCACCAUGGCUACUCGCCAGACGGAGGACGAGUUACUUGCACCUCAAGAGCAAAAGAAACAAGAAGAAUGGGCACAAAAGAGAAUGGCGGAGCUGGGACGAUGUCCAGCCAAUUUUAAAUGGAUAUGAGUUCCCGGCGGAUACAACUGCGAUGCUGGAAAUCACUGGAUGGCCGACGCUUUGGUUGCUGAGGGUAAGGGUGGCUUUCUUGCGCUGAAUACAUACAUGGGCGGUUCAUCUUUGGAUCCCGAAGUGGUCGAAAACCUGAAGAAAAACCGACAGAUCGGAUUCAGCCACGGUUUGGAGAAGUUCAGUCGUCCAUGUUAUCCCUCUUCUGAAUUGAAUCCCUAGGCCGUGUAUCUCACACACCUUUAAGUUCGCCCGGGAAGGGAAACUACCCCAGGGAUGCGAAGCGGGCAAUGGGCUCCAGCCACUUUACUUAGAUGGCAAAUGCAAAUCGUUGAGCUAAGAUCUUUCCCGUUACUCAGGGUUUUUGUAAGUCCACUGAAGUGAAACUGGGAAACAACAAGUGAAACUUUAAAUGU